AUGGAAGAGCGAUCGGGGCGCGAUUUUUAUGCAAAAAUGUGGGCCCUGCCCUGCGGAGCGAAAGAGAAAGAGCAAAGCGUCGUUGUUCACGACCCCUGUCAUGGCGGCGGCGUUGCCGAGCUGACGUCAUUCAGAGAAGCGUCUCGCCUACUGUACGCAGCAACCUGGCGACUGGCGUCCUUCAAGACCAUAGUGGUGUCCCUGCCGCCAACUUGGGACGCCAGGUCCUGCGGCGUCGGCGCCCACGAAGAAGGGCGCGUGGUGAACGGCGGGGAAGUGGACGGCGUGGACGCCUCUUUUCGACUGCAAGGCGACGACGCGGCCAAACAGGCGGCUUUUGUGGUGGACGUGCAGCUCGGCGGCGGUCAUUUGACGCCUUACACUGUGCAACCAGUGGCUCGUCGAUUGAUUGUCAAGGAAUGGGCCAAGCUGAAGUAUGGGGUUUUCGAUGAAACCCAUCGAUCGGCGUCGGAUCCGUCUUCGCCGAGUUACUACACCCCGUUUGGCAUUUCUGGACCCGAAGAACCCGUGCCGACCAGGUGCUCUAACAUACCCGUCAAGGGACACAGAAAUUGCGUGGGGCCAACGUGUCACUUCCUGCCUUUGGACAAAGUUGCAGAGAACGACGGUGUCGUGUCGUCGUUGAUGUCGUAUCCGGAUCUGCCCCAGGUCACUCAGUUCUGCAACGAAACGACUCACGAUCCGGAAGUUCCCACGAAGCAUAACUUGCUGUGUGACGGACUCAGUACAGGCCAGGUCAUCCGCGAAAACCUCGAUUUCCUUGGG